AAUUCGUCUUUCAUGUCGUCACCUUUUCGUGUGCAAGUUUGACCAGACACCGGACCUUCCGUUGGCUCAAAUCCAGUAAAAUUUCUCUGACUGUCAAGCGGUGGUACCAAAUUUUGGUGGCAAAUUUCCUUCCAACACGGAUAGAUGGUGAACGCGUUCUGCCUUGGAAUUCCUGAUGCGAUGAUAUUCAACUUGAGGACUUACUAAAUAGUGAAAACUCAUGAGUCUAUUUUAAAGACUUGGACCACAGAUUUUGAUAAAGACAAACAGAUUUUUUGUAUCAUUAUUAUAUUCAAAUAUUAUAUUUGCAAUUCGAGAUUGCAGCAAAAGUUGAGCACAAAGACUCGUCACAUGAGAUAGAGACUCAUACAAAGCCAAGACUGUUCAGACUUUGUGUUCCCAGGAAGGAACCUACAUGCCACAAUCUUUUUAAAACUAUCCGACUGGGCCUUAGUGGACAAGACUUCCUUCUAGUGUGAAAGUAUGGCAGCCACGAGCAUGAACAGUAUGAGUGUGGCGAACCACGCCGGCCCCAUUAAACAGAUGACCAAACCUGUGGGGAUGCCGAGCGGCGCAGGAUUGGCCGCAAACCACGGCCAGACUGGAGACAACAAGCCCAGCACAGGGCCUGGUGAGGACUGGAAGAAAAGUCUGAAGGUGCCUCCAAAAGAUACGAGAAUAAGAACAACAGACGUCACUGCUACGAAGGGAAACGAGUUUGAAGACUACUGCUUAAAGCGGGAGCUCCUCAUGGGCAUCUUCGAGAUGGGGUGGGAAAAACCCUCCCCGAUCCAGGAGGAGAGCAUCCCCAUCGCACUGCUGGCGAGAGACGUGUUAGCCCGCGCCAAAAACGGGACUGGGAAGACUGGUGCUUACAUCAUUCCAGUGAUCGAGAGGGUGGAGGUAGAUAAGAAGCAUAUCCAAGCUUUGGUACUUGUGCCAACACGUGAGCUUGCCCUGCAGACCAGCAGCAUUGCCACUGCUCUAGGAAAGCACCUGGGCAUCAGAUGCAUGGUCACCACGGGCGGCACCAGCCUCAGGGACGACAUUAUGAGGCUAUACGACACUGUGCACAUUGUGAUCGCUACUCCCGGGCGAAUCCUCGACCUUAUGAAGAAAGGUGUGGCAAAGAUGGACCACUGCCAAAUGCUCGUUUUAGAUGAGGGUGACAAGCUGCUGUCUCAGGACUUCAAAGGCAUGCUGGACAGCGUGAUCGGUCACCUUCCCCGGGAACGGCAGAUCCUGCUCUUCUCAGCCACAUUCCCGCUCUCUGUCAAGGACUUCAUGAAACGUCACCUGAACAAACCUUACGAGAUUAACCUGAUGGAGGAGCUCACGCUGAAGGGCAUCACCCAAUAUUACGCUUUUGUGCAAGAACGCCAGAAGGUCCACUGUCUCAACACCCUCUUCUCCAAGUUACAAAUCAAUCAGUCCAUAAUCUUCUGCAACUCCACCCAACGUGUGGAGCUGCUGGCCAAGAAGAUCACGGAGCUGGGCUACUCCUGCUACUACAUCCACGCCAAGAUGAACCAGCAGCACCGCAACCGCGUGUUCCACGACUUCCGCAACGGUGCCUGCCGCAAUCUCGUAUGCUCUGAUCUCUUCACUCGAGGCAUUGAUAUCCAGGCCGUGAACGUUGUGAUCAACUUUGACUUCCCCAAGAUGGCGGAGACGUACCUGCACCGCAUCGGCCGGUCCGGGCGCUACGGUCACCUGGGAGUCGCCAUCAACCUCAUCACCUACGAUGACAGGUACAACCUUCACAAGAUUGAGCGAGAACUGGAUACAGAGAUCAAGCCCAUCCCAGGUGUGAUAGACAAGAGUCUGUACGUGGCCGAGUACCACUCAGAAGCUAGCGAGCUGGAGGAGCAAACCCAGCAACAGAAGUGAGAACCAGACUGGCAGACACACGACCGAUCGACCCUUCAGUGUUGAGAGACCAAUCCCUCCUCUUCAUGCAGGGGACUUCUCAGUUGUUGCUUUUUUCGUUUGUUCGUUUUCUUUCGUUGUUCUUUUUAUGAGGGAGUUCUAAAAAUGCGAAGUGCAACUAUUACAUGAAAAAGUGGCAUAUAUUUUAGAGUCAGGCGGCAUUGCUCGCGCUGACGUCUGGAUGAAACAUGGUUUGUGAUACAUCUUGUGAUUGCCAGGAUACAAAAUGCUAAAACGGCAGAGAUGUAUGUCUCACUUCUGCAUGUAACAACUGUUUGCCAAAAGCUUGUACAGACGAUAUGUUAGAAUCAUUUAUGUUGUAAAUUUUGAGAGUCACAAAGUGACUCUGACCUGCCAUGUUUGGUGCUUUACGUGGAUGACUUUGCUUCCCGAGUGGUGAUUCAGUAACGACACAGCAAACAGCAAAUGUUCCAUUCUUAGCCUGCUUCCUGACUUAGUGCAUAGCUUGACACGUUGACAUGCACUUCCAAGGCUGAGAGAAAGUCCUGUCUCCCCCCUUGCAUAUCUCUUUGAUUACCAUUCUGGCCUGUUUUUGUAGGUGAAGGAGGACCAGAGUCCUUGGAAGUGCAUGUCAAACUUUUGAUAACUUUCGAUGCAAGAUAUUUCCAGUUCCUCUGCUAUGCUUUUCUUUUAUACAAUUGUGUGCACACGCUAAGUUGUCAUCUCCCUUGGUUCCUAUAGUAUGAAGCUGUGCAAAUUUGCAUCAUGAGUAAAGCUUCCACCGACUCCACAGAAGCAAAGUCAUCCAGCAGUAUUUUUUUCUGUCUAUCGGAAUCUUUUUUUUAGAAACUUCGGAUGGGUGAAACAAACUGUACUGUUAGCCUAGAGGACGAUGAUGAACUCUGUAGUAGUUGAUUUCAGCAAAGUUGAAGCGUUGCGUGUUGAGCGGGCCGUGACGUAACCUCGGCGCGCUCGGUGCACAAGUGGCAAGGCAACAUUAGUUCCACACUGGCAAGGCACUUCCCUACCUUCAGAUGUAGAAGUAGAACUCUAUUUUUGUACAAUACCUUGUAAAUGUCUCUGUACCCUAUAUACAUACCAGCCUGUCCACGUCCUGGCCUCUGGGCUGAUGAUGCUUUGGAAGACACGCCGCAGACAGACACUUUCGCUCCGUUUCGAACAGAUUAAAGCACUGGUGGCUCACACUAAUACACUGGAAACUUAUAUACAGUAAUAUCAGGAGCCAAGACUGCCGGAGUGAUACUGUCUUUUGGCGAUCGCGAAAGUCGAGUUACUUGGAGAAGGACUGAAUGGAUCAGUGUCAUCUUCCCAGUGGGCCAGAUCAGACAGGCGCGUGUUGUACAUGUGUAUAUAUGCUUGUCCAGGGGCUGCAUUGGUGAAAACUGUGGAAUCAGUCAGUGAUUCUGUGGUACGACCGAAAGUACGGCGAGCUGAAGGCAAAUUCUAGUGGUUCGCGUGGGCCGUGUUUAGAGCAGGAAAACUGCCGCCCAUUUCUUCUCAGCUCACCGUGCGUGGCAGACCCCUGGUGUGUUUGGUCUCUCACAGAUCAAACCACGACUACACUGGCUCAUAUAACACAAGGUGGGAGGGCCUCGAAUGUGCCAUGACAGACGCUUCGCUGUCUUGUUGCACUUGUGGUAGCUUGUUGUUAAGCAGCAUCCAGCACACAUUCAGUAGGCUUUAAUAACAGCAUCUCGUUAUGUUAGUAAGUACAAUACUCGCUAUGGAACUGGAAAUAUCUUGUGUCUCUUUUGAGUAUUCUUGACAGACAAACACAUCAAAUGUCUACUGCAGCAAGCCAGUUGAUUUUCUAUACAUGUCCAAUGUUUACCACAAACUUGAGUGGUUGACAAUUGUGCAUUACCUGUAAGAGCUGACAGUUAACCACCGUACUGUCCAUUGUUUCUCUGUCAAGAAUACGGCCCACGAUUUGUGGUGAACAGUUCUUCUCAUGGUGUAUUGCGUAAAAGCAGGUAGCAAAAGUGUAAAAUCCAACGUCGUAAAAUCAAAGUUGUAUCGCUGUGAAAGUGAGGUGAACUGCAAUAGUUUGAACUGUCUCCACAAAUCAUGGAUAUAUUAUAAGAAAGCAUGUUUGGUUGUUACCAGUUGUAACAUCUUGCUUCAGGUUGUCAACCAUCCCACUGAGGUCUUGUCUUAGACCUGUACCACUCUUUGUAAUUUUUGGGUCGGUAAAACUAAAGCAUGUUGUUGUGAAGGUAACAACCUACAUCUGAGUGUUGCCCAGGUUUCCACCAUGACUGGGCUGGAGUUGGGAAGUGGAGAUACCUGCUGUUUCAGCCUGCGGUUUCUCCGCUGACCAUGUGGUGAAAAACGUCUUCUUACCACAGAAAAUGUGGCAGGAAGACGCGAGUCUUAAGAUCUGAUCUCUGAUUGGAUGAGGAGUAAAGUCAGGUUCAAGUGUCGUUGGUCGGCUGCCAAGUUUCUGACGCCGCUUCCGUGUAACGUUUGCUCACCACUUCUUGGUGACAUUUUGUGUUUUUUGGACGUCCGUUCAGAAAUGGUGUGGCAAGAGUAAGAGAAAGUGUGAAGGAAAUUGUUCAGGUAUCUGAUAGACUGAUAAGACUUGUGUGGGUGGUCUGCAUCAGCCCAAGAAAAAGGCAAUGAAAAUUUUUACUCGCUAACUUAAAAGACUGGAACCAGGAAUGCGCUGCGCUACCACUCGAACCUGACUUUACCGCUUGAAGAUCAGUGCUAGAUCUAAUUUCUGUCCUCGAGCACCAGUUUAGCUCCAUGGAUGUAGCAAUAUCUCCAUCCACAGAAGGGAUGACGACACUUUGUUAUCAGGGAGCGGCUUACUGGUGCUGGUUGACAGAUUGUUGCAUACAUAACGUGAUUGAAGUCACCCUGUGUAUGCACCCUUACAGGUUACUGCUAUACUUUGUACCUCUGUUUAAGUCAAGCAAUAUACAUGUAAUGGACCGACAAAUUUUGUUCAAACUUGCAAGGGAGUUGCAAAGACCUCUUGUGAUCAAUAAUCGACAUGUUGGCUUGCUAGACUUGCUUUAAAUGGUCAUUACAGAACAACUUGUUGCGACUUGUGUUAGACAAAGAUUAUGUAGUGCCAUUUACGUUGACUAAAUGGCUUUUUUUAUGCAUCAACAAGUACCUUGACCUUGUAAGCCAACAAUUACCCUUAUUUCUGUUCCUAAGUAGUUACUGACUUUAUAUGUUAGUUACUUGUCAUGCAGCAAACGUGAGUGGAGUACAGAGUGUAGCAGGACUUCUGUAGUGGACAGAACAGACAUUCAGCGACUCAAAACAUCCCUGUCCUGAUUUGACGACACGUUUGAAGUACGGUAAAACUGUUCCUUAUUAACACUGAAUGUCUCAUUCUGUCCACUUUCCAACAGUGUUAAAGUGAAACCAACUGAACUGAAGCCGCUUGCUUACACACCUUAGACCUACUUUGCUGGAGAAAGAUUGUUUCAGUUUAAGGUGGUGAAUGAUCAGCCUCUUUUCAGUGUGAAUUGUGGAACCAAAACCAAAAAAAGAGAAAAAAUUCCCCUUCCAUUCCUUGACAACCCUGUAGUAGUGCCCAUGAGUUGAUUUCAAUGGAUAGAAUUAUUUGUUGAAAACAGUACCUUGUAUGACUUUCAGAAGAGGUCGAAAUACUUUUCAUUCAGCGAUGAUUGACUGAACCGGUUCCAAACCUGAAUCCAUAUUUCCUCCAAAUAAACUUCCCUUUCCCCCAAA